AUGGACAACUCGCACGUUGCUCUAGUAUCCAUGAUGCUCAAGGCCGAGAUGUUCUCACCCUUCCGAUGCGACCGCAACAUUGCACUUGGCAUCAAUCUCAACUCUUUGACGAAGGUCCUGCGCGCGGCACAAAAUGAAGACAUUCUCACUCUGAAGGCAGAAGACGCUCCUGAUGUUGUCAACUUGGUGUUUGAAAGUGCCGAGUCGGACAGAAUCAGCGAGUAUGACAUAAAGUUGAUGGACAUUGAUCAGGAGCAUCUGGGCAUUCCGGACACUGAGUAUGCUGCAACCAUCGAGAUGCCCAGCGCGGAGUUCCAACGCAUCUGCCGAGACUUGAUUGCCAUGUCUGAAUCUGUAGUGUCUAUCGAGGCAAAUAAGGACGGUGUACGCUUUGCUUGUCAAGGUGACAUCGGUAGUGGAAGUGUCACUGUACGAUCCCAUACCAAUGUCGACAAGGAAGAUCAGAGCGUGACAAUCAACCUAACGGAACCUGUGUCUCUCACAUUUUCCCUCAAAUAUCUGGUCAACUUCUGCAAGGCCAGUGGGCUCUCCGGCCGUGUCAAGCUCUGCCUGUCGUCGGAGGUCCCAUUGUUGGUGGAAUAUAGUCUAUCGGGCAGUAGUUUCCUACGGUUCUACUUGGCUCCCAAGAUCGGCGACGACGAAUAG